AUGUCGCGCACCGCAGCACAACACACCGCACCCGCCCCACAGCCCAGCGCGCAAUCAGCUAACCAUGAAAACUGCCUUGAGGAAGGGCGCUUCCCGAGAUGCUGGAAGGAGGGGCGAUUGUGCCUAUUACGCAAGGAGGGGCGACCACCAGACUCCCCCAACGGCUACCGCCCCAUCGUGCUGCUGGAUGAGGUCGGGAAGCUAUUUGAGCGAAUUCUGGCCUCCCGUAUUCAGCGGCACCUAGUGGAAACGGGCCCGAAUAUACAUGCUUGCCAAUUCGGGUUCCGCAGAGGACGGUCCACCAUAGACGCUGUAGCCGCUCUGAGGGACUUCGGGGUGCUAGCAGCCAGCCAGAGGGAGGGAGUGGUUGCGGUGUCACUAGACAUCGCAAACGCAUUCGGGUCCCUACCCUACACCGUCAUUGGUGAGGCACUCCGUUACCAUGGAGUACCCCGUUAUCUGACGCGCGUGGUGGAGCAUUACCUGACGGGGCGGGUAGUGCUUUAUGAGCAGAGGGGUGUUCGGAGUGCGAGGGCGAUGACAUGCGGGGUUCCCCAGGGCUCUGUGCUGGGUCCCCUUCUGUGGAACCUCGGCUACGACUGGGUGAUCCGAGGGGUGCAGCUUCCCCGCAUGAUCACCGUGUGCUACGCGGACGACACACUGGUGGCCGUACGGGGAAAGGAGCUGGACGAGCUACUCAGGAGGGCGGCGGUGGCGACCGAGCUUACGGUGCAACGCAUAAAACUCCUGGGGCUACGAGUCGCCCUGCCAAAGACCGAGGCCAUGGUCCUCGGACGGACGAGAGGGUGGGGACAGUUGCCGGAGGGCACUUCAGUCAGGGUGGGAGCGGUAUGCCUCCUCGCCAGCACUCCACCCUGGGAGUUGGAGGCAGAGGUACUAGCGGAGAGAUACCGACUGAGGGCAGAAGCCAGAGGGCGUGACGAGCUCCCGGACGCGGAGGAGGCCGAAAGAACGUCAAGAACAGCCGCGGAGCGCCUGCGUCAGAGGUGGAGGGUUACCUUGGAGGAUAGCCACUAUGGAACCGGAACUAUAGAGGCUAUUCUCCCAGUAAUGGACAGGUGGGUUGAUCGGAGGAAGGGCGCCCUGACUUAUCGGGUCACGCAGAUAGUGUCCGGACACGGGUGUUUCGGACACUAUCUGCAUAAAAUACAGAGAGAACCGCGGCCUCAGUGCCACGAGUGCGGUGUGGCGGACGACACGGCCCAACACACUCUGGAAGAGUGCACUCGUUGGGCCGUGGAAAGAGCUACCCUCAGGGCAGAGACGGGAGCGGCGGACCUCUCGCUACGCGGCGUAGUAGAGACUAUGCUGGGUAGCGAGAGAAAAUGGAAGGCGGUGGCCUCCUUCUGCGAAGCAGUCAUGUCGCGGAAGGAGGAAGCAGAGGGAGAGCGAGAGGCAGCUGUUGACGCUCCUCCGCUACGACGAAAGCGGCAGGGUCUAAGGCGGAGAGCGUACGCUCGCCUCGAGCCCUAG